AACUGUCCCACUGCAGCUGUUGGAUGGUCAGGGCUGUCCACAUCAAACAAAAGUUGCCAGGGAACGAAUGAAAACAAUUUGCAUGUCCAGACUGCGUUAAUGCUCUAACAACAGCUUGGAUUUUUACUCUUUUUAGUGGUUGUUUUUAACAAGAUAAAAGUUCUUCAGUCUGCAGGGUUUUGGUCAUGCUUUGUGAUCCCUUCAAUCUAAAGGUUCAGUUCAUUAAUUCUGAGUGCCCAUGGGAAAGAAAACCCACAGAAAGGCUAAAACGCUCACCUUGAGAGCGGUUCAGGAUUGCGUGGACUUGACCCUGGAUGGGAGACGAAGGCUGGACCUCAGUCUUAAAGGCAUCACCGCAGUGCCAAAGUGUGUCCAGAAGUUGUUUGACAUGGAUGAACUGGACCUGAGCAGGAACUUGCUGAGAAAGAUACCUGAUUUUAUAAAACACUUUGUCAGCAUCACAGUGUUGGAUCUGCACAGCAAUUAUUUGGAGGAACUCCCUGUGAGCAUUGGACACCUCCAGGCCCUGAAGGCCUUAAACCUGUGUAACAACCGUCUCACAAGCCUGCCCAGUGAGCUCGGCCUGCUGACCAAUCUCCACAUACUGUACCUGGGACUCAACCAGCUCACAGCUCUCCCUGGCACCAUCGGCAACCUGAAGGAGCUCCAACAACUCGGCCUCUCCGACAAUCUCUUCACUUGCGUCCCCAGUUGCCUUGGAAAGCUGAAGAAACUGGAGAGGCUCAACCUAGACAGGAACCCCUUCCUAACCCAGCAGAUGCCUGGACACAAAAUGGCUGUGGCAGCAGACAGUUUUUACAUGGUCAAAGAGAGUCUUCUGUGUGAGAAAUGCCUGGAUAAGUGUCAAACUCAAAAGGAGAAGAUGGAAAACACGGACGUCUGUUGGAACUAGCAACAUCCGGGGGUGAACGCAUUCAUGCAACAUCGUGGUUAGUGAGAGGAUUAUUAAUCCAUGCUUACUUUUAUGGUGGAUGUGUUCAGUACCGGUUAGGUAAAAGUAACUUAGGUUUUAUUAAAAGCACAUUCAAGUAUGAAAUUGCAUUUAUUUACCAAUUAAAAAUUUUAAAGUGUAUUUAAGUUUGGUUUUCUAUGCAAAACAAAUAAAAAUACUUUUUAGCAAUACUGAUCAAAUUUCAGCAGAACAUUUGAUCAGUUUCAUUGAAAUCUAAUACAAGAUUUGUAUAAUAGUACAUACAGCCCACAUUUUUGUAUUAAAAAUGUUUUUUAUUGGUCUGAUGUAAUAUUCUAAUAUUAAAUUUAUUUCUCUAUUUGCUGUAAGCAGAUAGUUAUCAUAAUCAACAAAAAUAAAGGCUUGAAAACAUCA